AUGGCAGAGCAAGAACUUUCACUGGGCCAUUGCCUCGUAGGCCCCGCCCCCGGCCGCGUGGACCCCGCCCCUCGACCGAGCUCCUUUCCACGCGUGAAGCACCCGAGGGUACAGUGGGUCACUUUCCAAAAUGGCUCGCGUGUUGAAGGCGACGGUGGCGAGCGUGGCGGUGGCGGCGGCAGCGGCGGGGGCGGCGGCGGCCGAGAGUGCAGGUUUUUUUCCAGACUUCAGACUUCAGUUCCAAAAGGAAGAACUUUCUCCACAUCACAAUCCUCUCUUCAAGCGGCAGGUCCUGUGUGGAACCUGGGUCGACUCAAUCAUGUAGCAAUUGCAGUGCCAGACUUGGAAAAAGCCACAGCAUUUUAUAAGAAUGUUCUGGGGGCCCGGGUAAGUGAGGCGGUCCCUGUUCCUGAGCAUGGAGUGUCUGUUGUUUUUGUCAACCUGGGAAACACCAAGAUGGAGCUGCUUCAUCCGUUGGGAAAUGACAGUCCAAUUGCAGGUUUUCUGCAGAAAAACAAGGCUGGAGGAAUGCAUCAUAUCUGCAUUGAGGUGGAUGAUAUAAAUGCAGCUGUGAUGGAUUUGAAAGAGAAGAAGAUUCGUAGUCUAAGUGAAGAGGCCAAAAUAGGAGCACAUGGAAAGCCAGUGAUUUUUCUCCAUCCUAAAGACUGUGGUGGUGUUCUUGUGGAAUUGGAGCAAGCUUGAUUUAUAUUUGCAAGAAACUUUAAAAAUCCCCACCAAAAUAUACUGAAAAUCCCCAACGAAUUAUACUCCAGCAUUGAAUCCUUCACUCCUUCCAUCACUUAAAAGUUCACAAUUAAAGGGACACCUGACUGACUCAGUCAGCAAGGCGUGUGACUCUUUAUCUCAGGGUGGUGAGUUCAAGCCCAUGUUGGGUGUGGAGAUUACUUAAACAUAAAAUCUUUUAAA